UUCCCUUCAUCCACCUCUUCUUAUUAUUCAAACUAGAACCCCAAGAACCAGACAGAGAUUUUCAAACAGAUGUUAUAAUAAGACAAAGGCAACACUUAGCUUCUGUCUUUUUUAUAAUAACACUUGGCAUUUAACUUCAUAUAUUGAACAAAACAAAACAAAAACAGAGCAAAAAAAACAAAACAAUGGUUCAAAACCAGCAAGAAGCUUUUUCCGUCGACAUGCCACGAACCGGUGGCUCCAAGUGCUUCGACGACGACGGCCGUAUCAAACGAACUGGUAGUGUUUGGACGGCGAGCGCACACAUCAUAACGGCUGUGAUAGGUUCAGGAGUCUUGUCACUAGCGUGGGCUACGGCACAGCUAGGUUGGCUCGCUGGACCGGUGGUGAUGUUGCUCUUCUCCAUCGUCACUUAUUUCACUUCUACUCUCCUCGCCGCCUGUUACCGCUCCGGCGACCCUAUCUCCGGCAAGAGGAACUACACUUACAUGGACGCCGUCCGAUCAAACCUAGGUGGCGUGAAGGUCAAGCUAUGUGGCAUAGUUCAGUAUCUUAAUCUCUUUGGUGUUGCAAUAGGCUACACUAUUGCUUCAGCUAUAAGCAUGAUGGCAAUUAAGAGAUCAAACUGUUUCCACAAAAGUGGAGGGAAAGAUCCAUGUCACAUGAACAGUAACCCUUACAUGAUAGCUUUUGGUCUAGUCCAGAUUAUAUUCUCUCAGAUUCCAGAUUUUGAUCAGCUAUGGUGGCUCUCUAUCCUCGCUGCUGUCAUGUCCUUCACUUAUUCCUCUGCUGGUCUUGCUCUCGGCAUAGCUCAAGUCGUAGCAAAUGGGAAGGUGAAGGGAAGUCUCACAGGGAUUAGCAUAGGAGCUGUGACAGAGACACAGAAGAUAUGGAGAAGCUUCCAAGCUCUUGGAGACAUUGCUUUUGCUUACUCUUACUCCAUCAUCCUCAUAGAGAUUCAGGAUACAGUGAAGUCACCACCAUCAGAAGAGAAAACAAUGAAGAAGGCAACUCUUGUGAGCGUUGGUGUAACGACUAUGUUCUACAUGUUGUGUGGUUGCAUGGGAUAUGCAGCCUUUGGAGACAUGUCUCCAGGAAACCUCCUAACCGGUUUUGGGUUUUAUAACCCUUAUUGGCUUCUUGACAUUGCAAAUGCAGCCAUUGUGGUUCACCUCGUUGGUGCAUACCAAGUCUAUUGCCAACCUUUAUUCGCUUUCAUAGAGAGACAAGCUUCUACUCGGUUCCCUGAUAGCGACUUCAUUGCUAAAGAUAUCAAGAUCCCUAUUCCAGGGUUCAAGCCUUUCCGUUUGAACUUCUUCAGGUUGAUAUGGAGGACAGUGUUUGUGAUCAUAACAACACUUAUCUCAAUGCUUCUUCCUUUCUUCAACGACGUUGUGGGGUUGCUAGGGGCACUUGGCUUUUGGCCAUUGACGGUUUACUUUCCGGUGGAGAUGUACAUUGAGCAGAAGAAGAUACCUAGAUGGAGCACCCAAUGGGUUUGUCUUCAAGUCUUCAGCUCAGCUUGUUUGGUAGUUAGCAUUGCUGCGGCUGCAGGGUCGAUAGCUGGAGUUGUUCUUGAUCUCAAGUCAUACAAGCCAUUUCAAAGCAACUACUAAUACUCUUUUUGAACCAAGAACAGUCAAAAAGAAUCAAGAACGUGGAGUACUUAUGAGCUUUUUGUGUUUGAUAAGAUAAAAUCAAUAAACACUUUUUGUUUGUUCUA